UAGUUGGUUCUUGGCAAUGUUGAGCAUACGUAUACCUAAACCUACAGUUUUCCUAUAUCAAAAUGCCAAGUCUGUCCUCGAAUUCUAGCUGCGAUAAUAACCUUAGUUAAAGUUUUCCCAAUUGAAGCCUAACUUGUUUCUUCGAUUAUCCAUAGUAGGUAUACAUAAGUAUUAUCCCCAAGUGUAAAAAAAGUGCCAAAGGGUGAAAAAAAGUAACAUGUCGUCUUAACACCCACGGCGCACAGUGUGUGUGUGUGUCGUCCCGCAUCACAUAGAAGUGAUCGGAGGAGAAUACCGGAGUAGGUUAUUGUACGUACCUACUUAUAAUAAAAGCCAUACGCCAUACACAUAGUUCAUAAAAUAAUUUGUUGCAUCUUAACGCGCGUGCCUACAUCCUCCAAUUCUCUCUUGAAUGGCAUCAUUUCAACAGCAGGUACAUCAUCCUCACACACGCACAUACACGUUUUGAGGUCCGUAGGCCGUGGUGUAGUGGAAGGCAGGCAAGCGUAUGUUGACUUAGUGCGGCAGAUACCCAAAUACGUGUAGCGUGCGCGCAAUUUACGUGUAGAUUUGUCUCCUCCAGGAUAACAGCAAUCAUCGGAGAAGACGAUGACGAGAAAGCGCAAGCUGGCCGAUCUCGGCAAGCGCUGCCGCUUUUGCUUGGCGCCCGACGCCAGCAUGAUCGCGCUCUAUGACUCCAAGCAACAGAUCGGCGAACUGCUAACUGAUCUGCAAAAGUGCACCGGUAUCCAGAUAUCAAGUAAAGCCAACUACCCAAAGAAUGUUUGCCAUGUAUGUCUUUACAAGUUGGAAAUGUGGAGUGACUUCAAGUUUCAAUUCCUGAAAAUCAACAAAACGCUGACGAAUUAUUUCAAGCUUUUCGAACAGAAUGACGAUGUAAAUGAUGAAGAUUGUUUAUUACUUUCGGAUGAUAAUAACUGGAAACGUGUGAAAACCUGUGAACAACCAUUGAAUAAAUUAUCUGAAAAGUUGCAAAAAACGCCUAUUGUACCUUUAACGGACAUCAAACCAAUUAUUGACAAAACUAGUGAAGAAAAAAUCAUUCGUAGAUCUUCAAGAAAAACUGUUGAACAAGUAUCGCUUGUCGAGAAAGAUGAUCAAGCGCAUCAUGAAGAUAUCAACAAUGCUUCUCCCAGCCAAUGUAGUUUAUCUGAUAGUCUCAGUCGUGGUAGCCGACGGCUCGGUCGUACCCGAAAAUUGGAACGCGAAGCGUCGACUAAGCGAUGGGUUGAGCGUAAGAAUGCGCUUAUUGUGGCAACAGGAAAACAACUCUAUGAAAGUGAAUCGGACAGCGAUUCGCAAAUGUCGCCGGUGCAGAAAGCUCGUAUUGAUAAAAAUCUGAAGAAAAGAAUGGAAAGAGAAUUGAAGUGUUUGGAGACAAACUUGUCAGAGAAGUAUUGCGUGAAGCAAGAAGAUGUAGCUGGUGGAGAAAGGAAGAUGAGACCACGCAGAGCUAAAGCAAAUGUUGAGGAGUCAAGCACGAUUACUCUCAAUACGAGUACUAACAACGCAAGCACUAACAAUACAAGCCCUCCAAAGACAAAGAAAUCAAAUACGACGAAGGAGAAACCAAAGCUAGACGUAAAAGAAAAAAGUGAGCAAGUAGUAAAAGUUGAAACAAAGGAUAGUUCUAUGAAAAAGGAACAGCCAACAAAACAUGUAAUAUCAAUACAACAAGAAAUGGAAACUGAUGAACCAAAAACAGAGGUAAAACAAACAAUGACAAAAAGUACAGUGGAAAAAGAAAACAUUGGAAUCGUAGAAAAUCAAAGGGUGAAUGAUAAUGAUAGAGAAAUGGGAGUCUCAAUGAUUGAAGACAUUGAUGCCAUUGAAAUGGAGGACGACGAAGACUAUAGGCUCAAAGAAAAUAUAGAGAAUGAAGAAGCUUCCAAAGCAAACGUGCCUGAAUCAGAUGGGGAGUCUAAGCUUAAUCGUGAAGCAGAUCAAGAAAUGUUGAAACUAUUGAAUGAUAAUGUUAAUAUUUUAGAUAAGAAAAACAAUUCUUUCUCUCCUCAACUAAUAACAUCUGAAAUAACAAUCGGAAACGCGACUUAUCUCGUAACAACAACGCUAGAUAUGCCGAAUCCUACAUCUUUAAACAAUGAUAUUUCACAAACAACAAACGGCAUUAGUAUGGAUUCAACUAGUCAAGAUGGACAAAAAAUUGAUAUAAUGAAUGCAGUACAAUUACAAAAAGUUGAUGGAGAAAAGGAAAGUGAUCGAUCACGUGUUAAACACAAUGGAGUGGAUGUUCAAAAAUGUCUUAAAAUUGAGAUUGAAGGGAUGGAAGUUGAAGCAUUACAACGAGUCCAGCUUGAUCUCGCACACUUCAUUAAUGACGAUAUUCGUAAACGUUUGAUCGAAGAAGCUGAAGGGCAACGUAAGACUGCACCUAAACCAACCAAAUUUAAGGAUUCCUACGAAAAUCUCAACUUCCAGUUACGAGACAUCAUUGAAAAUGUGUUGCGAAAUACUUACACGGCAGAUAAGCUCAAUGCUGCGAACAGAAAGGUCCCGACUUUGCUUAUCCAAGCAGCUGAGGCUUCGCCUAUGUUUCAACCUAAAGUUAAAGUUACUCAGUUGGAUUUUGAUAAAGCUCGCAAAAACUUGGAUACUGGUAAACUUAAUGAGUAUGAAAAGACUAAAGAUGCACGUCGCCUAGUUGGUCCCUUAAGUCGCACCAUAGGUAAACGACAGCCUAUCUUGCCUAAGAGAUAUGAAGACUUCUCCAUCAACUUACGGCCUUUGGAUGAUGAGGGUGCAGAAAAGAAACCGGCAGGCAGAUUGACCCCUAAUAAACCCUUAGCCGUAGCGCCUGUAAAAAUAAACCACACUGGUUCGCUUGAGCUGGUCAAUGCCGAAAAGAGUUCUACUCGCCCGACGCAAGUAAACUACCCAUUCAAGCCAAAGGAUCCGGCUAUUUGCGAAGACUUAAAUGAAGAUUUAAGGUUUAUUGAGACCCCUGCUAAAAAGAACCUGGCCGAGUGGUCAUUAAAUGGAAAGGCAGUGUCUACCCCAGCAGUGAAUAAACUGACACCCAUCGCAACGUCAACGCCAGCGCUUUUGACUACCCUCGAAAAAACUGUGUCAAAUGUACCGGCGAAGCCUGUAACACCUGCGCUGUCUGUGCCAACAACUCCGGUGAAUCAAGUGGGCAAGUUGAGCGUCCCAAAGACUAGCAUAGUUGCACCAGAAAAGCCCGCGAUGGCGAUUUCUGUCACAAAAUCCAUCACUGCAAAUAUUCCCGUCAAAAAACCUAGCGAUGAUGCCAAAAUGUUGCCAACUCCAAAACGCGAACGCCAUUUAUGUGGCAUGUGUGGCAAAGAGUUGUUCUCGAUGCAAGAGGCUAAUAUUCAUAUGGAGCAACAUAGAGCAGAAAUAAAUAGUAAAGACAAACCGUCAAGACCUACACUAUCGGUUAGCACAAAUAACGGUAACGCGUCUAUUUCUACACCUACGAGUAAUGUCUCGACAGGUAGUAAUAACACCAGCAUCAAUAGCGUGCAAAAACCAAAGCCAAAGCUGAUGCGUUGUAAGCGAUGCCAAGCUAUCGUUGAGGCUAAACAUGUCAAGACUCACGUAUGCAAUUCUGUCAAGUAUAAUUGCGACAUGUGUGAGUGCACUUUUGGCGCGCAACAUUUACUGAUUGAACAUAAACAGACCCAUAUACAGUCUAAAAACAAGCCCAAAGCUAUGGUGAUUGUUCCGACUACCCCUACCAAUACGACAUUAUCGACUUCGAUAACAUCAAUAAAGACGAUUAAUAAGCCUAAUCAAGUGAAGUCCAACCUUGUAAAGGACAAAACUCGUACUCAGAGUGGUAGUGUUGCUGGAAAUUAUGAGCAAAAGAAGUCCGAAAGGGAAGAAGAAAAAAAAUCUGAUCCAAAAGUGGAUAAGCUGGAACAGACUGUCCUAGAUUCGGAAAUACAGGGUGAGGACGACAUGGAGGACGGUGAAACGCAUGGAGUGGCGUGCUUCGUCUGUGACAGAGUCUUCUCAAAUGAACAGCAAAUGAAGGACCACUUACAGAUGCACUGCGAGGAGGUGAGUGAAAGUAUCGAAAAGGACAGCUUCACGUGUGCCUUUUGCGCUGAUAAAUUUCCUAAUGAGGAACAGCUCGAGGAGCACGUGAAUGUUCAUUUGAACGAGGAUGGUGACGAAAAAAUCAGCAUGAUGAUCGAUGCCCAACUGGAGGCACGGCGCGAUCGCCAGAGAAAACCCUUUGAAUGCGAUCAGUGUGGCGAAGAGUUCUUGUCAAAAUCAUUAUUAGAAAUGCACGCAGCUGUACACGAGGAGGAAGAGGAAGAAGAAGCUGCGGCAGAAGAAGAAACUCAAGCAGACGAUGAGCUUGAUAAUCUGGAAAAUCCGGAAGAACUUGAAGGUGACCACGUCUGUGACGUUUGCGAUGAGAUCUUUGAUACACAAGCUGAGUUAAGAACUCACCGUGACACCCACAAUGGCAACACUCAUAUUUGCAUACUGUGUGAGAUGCCAUUUGUUAGUAUCGAGGAGCUUCAAGAGCACGUAUCCACGCACUUGUAAAAAGCAAUCUUCAGAACGCUACGAAUUUGUUAAUGUAAUCCCCCAUUUUGUCUAUUAGUUGUAAUUUAAUUCGAAAGGAAGAAGAGUUUUUGAUGACGUCUGCAAAACUGUGGUUUUUAUUCGAUGCAACUCGAAUUGAGAAGUUUUAUUUUUUUUAUUCAUGAUAGGCUUGUCUUUAAAUCCAGCAUAAAUGUUUUUUUUUCUCGUAAGUUUUUAUCGAGUGUUUCAAAGAAAUACGCUCUUAAAUUGAUUUUUUACAUAUGACUUGAAAAAUUUUGUAAUUAAAAAAUUGAAAACUUAUUACAGAUAUGUUUAGUUGAAACUCGUAUAUUUAGAUCGCUUGCCUAUGAAAAUAUUUAACAAACAUCAACAAUUCAAACAAUGUGAAAGAAAAUAAGAUUGUUGAGAACAUUCUUUAUUCUGGGGGGCCACAAGAGCAGAUAUAUUUGAUUACAUAUUACGCUGCAACACGUAUCAUAAAAAGUUGUACAUUGAUAUCUAGGCCGCUAAAUGAUAAAUAAAUAAGCGUUAUAUAAAAUUUUUCAAUUCGGUUACUCACGAAAAUGUAAUAUAUAAAUGAGUGUUAAGUUGAAUGUGAAGCCUGUGUAAUAAUGUAAAAAAAAAAAUAUCUUGAGAAACAGAAUAGUUAUCUAUUCUCAUUAAAAUUUUAUUAAUUUAAUCUCAAUAAUAAGCGUCUGAGUAAAUACUUGUAUAUUUCUCUAGUGAUGAAUCUUACUGAGUGAAUUCAUUCAUUUUCAAGUGAGAAACAUGAUUUAUUUAUUCAUUUGUGGCCCCUUAAACAGUUGAAUAUUCUAAUAAUUUUGGAUAUUAUAUAAGUAGUACAACUCUAUUUGAUAUUCUGUGUUUUUUUUUCCAUCAAAAUGAUAUUGAAUUUUGUUAUGUAGAAUAAGCAAUGGAUUUCAUGGAAUCUUUAUGAUAUACUAAUUAGACUUAAGUUCUUUUUAAUUUGAAGUUAAAAAUUAACAAUAAAUCAUCAUUGAAAUAUAUUUUUUCAAACAAAUUUUGUAAAUAGUAUGUCUUAUUUAAGACAUAAGACUUUUUUGGCUAUAAUACGAUGUAUAGAUGCGUAAAAUUACACUACUUGAUAUAAAAGAACAUCUUGACUAAAACAACUGACAGGCUACUGUGGCAAGAUUAUAAAAUAACAUUAAUCAGUAGAAUUAUUUUCAUGAAAUACAAUGAUACUAAUUCACAUUUUUCUUGUAUUUUUUAUCUUGCCAUAAGAGCACAGUCUUAACGUAUUUCCAGUACUAUUAUAAAU